CACACGGUGAAGAUCGGCACGGCCGACAGAUCGAAGCUUCUUGACACCACACUCUUUAUGAUGCUCCGAGAAUGAUUCUUGUGCUUUAUAGUCUACGGCAGAACGUUUGUCUCGGCGAACGCAGUUGCCUUAGCAUGCCGGUUAGUUGCGAUUUAAAUGUGGCUGCGUAUGGUGCGCACGCUCCGGAUCCUUGUUAGCUGGUUAGUGUCAUACAUAUCGAAACGUUGUUCAUAGUUCAUAGUUCAAUCAGUGCUCAAUAUCAUGGAUGAUGAUUACACAUCGAUCGAAGACUAUUUUAGCAACGAAGUGUACCUAACACAUUCGAAUGACUAUGAAGAGCUCCUGGACAACAAUUCCCGCCCUGUGCUGUCGCCUCGCGAUCCAACCGAGCUGGUGUCAAUGUAUGCGUUCAAUGCCGUGAUCGUGGCGACGGGGAUUGUUCUUAAUCUCGUGCUCGUAAAAGGAAUCAUAGGCGCCAAAUCUAAUGGGGCGCUCUUGUUCGUGCUGCAGAUAGCGCUCAUCGAUGUAUUGACGCUUCUUACAAGCAACUGGGAAUUGUACUACUACAUUAGAGGAACGUGGAUUUUUUCGAAGCUCCACUGCACUCUGUACAGUGGGUUGGAGUCAUUCACCAGCGUGGCGGUGGUGUACUUCAUUAUUGGACUGAAUUUUCACUCGAUCUCCUCGUACAAUCUGGCCGUGGAAUUGUCGAAAAAUGCUCUCGCUACACCUGACGCUGAGAGCGCAACCGAGUCCCUGACAGAGGAAAACAAUUACGAAGUAGCUACCGAUUCAAUUUCCCAGAAACGAUCCCUCACGAUCGAUUACCGGUACAAAAAACGGCACAUUUCCGUCCGACUUCCGAUACUGCUCGUGUGGUUCAUAGCUGCAUCCGAAUCGCUGCCACUGUUCCUGUUUGCCGACAUCGAAACGCUUAACCCAACGGAUAGUGCGGAGCAGCCGAUCAAACAGUAUUGUACGGAACUGACCAAUACCGUGGCGAAUCAUAACAUCGUCAGCCUCAUGGUCAUCGCCAUUCGUAUCAUCUUGCCGUCUGUGGCACUGGUGAUAACACUCGCACAAACGGUGAUUAAGUUUUAUAGAGGCAAGCAUUUUACGCAACCGGAUGAGAUUGAAGAAAAUGUUGCAUUUUCGCUUAAGCUAUCUAUCUUUCUGUCGAUCUCCUAUGCGGUAUUUACUCUGCAACGAUUGUACGGCUCGUUGCUGCAAGAAAUAAUUUUACAGCCAAAAAUUGUGCCCAAAUACCCAGGCUUUAACCCGAUCGUGGGAAUCUCGCUGGCAGUUCUUCACUACACAGCAUCUUUCAUUCGGCCGCUAGUUUUAAUAAUUAUGUGCAAACAAAAGAGCAACAAUGUGGAUAUUACGUUCACCUGCCAGAAACGCGCUGAGAAUAAUAGUAUAUCUUUGCAGUAGUAACAGCAUGAAGUACAUACACCCGAUUCGAUACAAUAGUUCGCUUGAACGAAUGCAUAGUGAGGCAUUCGAUGCAAUUGUUCUCCCGAUAGAUUGUCAUUGGAUUCUGAUGCAACAAACAACACAACAAACGGACUUUGUUUUAGAAAUACAUUUUUAGUAUUAUGACUAUUCCGAAUCAAACAACAGAAUCGGCUAUAGGCUGAUCUGUGUCCAGGAAGUGAAGUGUAUAAAUAAGGCCUUUGAUCGGGCGCUUUGAUAUAUGCUUAAAACAUAAUUAUUUUAAGUAACUUUUACGUUAUUGCAAUGUAAGGUUUUAAGAAGCUAGUCAAAUAAAUGGUAAUAAUAAAUACA